UUGCCUACCCACCCUAUGAACAAACAGCAGCCUGUGUCUCUUAUGACACCAACCUUGCAUCUCUGGCAGAAACCCAACUGUACUCAGCAGCCACCAGCAUUGUGUCUACAUGGCUGUGGUUGUGUCUGCGUUGUAGGCGUACAUGGGAUGAUGCUCACCAGAACCCCAAGUGUUGUUGCCCAAGUGUUCCUUCUUCUAAGCAUAGUUCUUGUCAUUGCUAUUGCAGUGAUUCAGAUAAAUCAGCAACAGAUCCUCUCCCCAGGGCUUAAGUAUGGAAUAGUCCUUGAUGCUGGAUCAUCUCGGACUACAGUCUACGUCUAUGAAUGGCCAGCAGAAAAAGAAAAUGACACGGGAGUAGUAAGCCAAACCUUCAAGUGCAAUGUGAAAGGCCCUGGUAUAUCCAGCUAUGAGAGUAACCCUGGAGCUCUUGCCAAACCCUUUGAUGACUGUCUGAAUAAAGUCAAGGGGAGAAUACCAGUUCAUCUGCAUAAAAAUACUUCUGUUUAUCUGGGGGCUACAGCUGGCAUGAGACUACUGAGGUUGCAAAAUGAAACGGCAGCCAAUGAAGUCCUUGCAAGCAUUCAAAACUACUUCAGAGCACAACCUUUUGAAUUUAGGGGUGCACAAAUCAUAACUGGGCCAGAGGAAGGGGUGUAUGGAUGGAUAACAGCCAACUAUUUAAUGGGCAAUUUCUUAGAGAGAAACCUUUGGAGGGCAUGGGUCCAUCCUUACAGAAAAGAGACUAUGGGUGCACUGGAUCUUGGAGGAGCUUCCACACAAAUUUCAUUUAUUCCAGAGGACUCUCAGGAGAACUUCAAUAGCACCUUGCAAGUGAAGUUGUAUGGUUACAACUACAAUGUCUACACUCACAGCUUCCAGUGCUACGGGAGAGACGAAGCUGAGAAAAGGCUUUUAGCGUUGCUGCUCCAGAAAUCAAACACCAGUUCCAACGUGGAUAAUCCAUGUUACCCUCAGAAUUAUAAUACUGCAUUAACGAUGAAGUACUUCUCUGGCAGCCUUUGUACACAGUCUUUGAGACCAGCAAAUUACUACCCAAACCAGCUUGUGAACUUCCAUGGAACAGGAGACCCAGGUCUGUGCCAGGAGACGGUUUCUUUAUUGUUUAACUUCACUGCUUGCAGAGACAGAGAAGACUGUCCGUUUAAUGGAAUACAUCAGCCAAAAGUUAAAGGGAAUUUUGUGGCUUUCUCAGGAUUCUACUAUACAAUUAAUGCUUUGAAUUUAUCUGGGCACUUUUCCCUAGCUGACUUCAAUUCAAGUAUGUGGUUUUUCUGUUCACAGAGCUGGGCACAGCUUCAGUUUAUGCUGCCUAAAUUUGAAGAAAUAUAUGCCAGAUCCUACUGUUUUUCAGCCAAUUUCAUUUAUUACUUGCUUGUACAUGGUUACAACUUUGAUGCAGAAACUUGGCCACAGAUACAUUUUCAAAAGGAGGUUCGUAACAGCAGUAUAGCAUGGUCACUCGGUUACAUGUUAAGCCUCACGAACAUGAUUCCAGCAGAAGGCAAGCUGAUCCAAUUACCUCUGAAACCUUCCUUGUUUGCUGGGCUCCUCGUCUUCCUCACAGCUAUGGCACUGUUGUGUCUUCUCUUCCUUGUUUACUUGUGUAUUGUAUCACGUAAUCGGAAGAACACCAGUCCUGUUGAACAUGUAUUUAUUCCAGAAUGAAUGAAUACUGAAGACAAAACAAAAAUUUUAUAGUGCUAUUAAGUUAAGUAGGACUUUAGUUUUUAAAAAUGGAGGGCGAAAUAAAGACAGGCAAAAAGCCUUCAUGACCACAAGCAUAAACAGAGAAGAGAAGAGACACAAAGGAAUCUGUGAUACGGUGAAUUGGAGUGCUUUUGAAAUAUUUUGGCAAUUGUUUCUGUAAAACCAGUUUGUCCAGUGUGCAGCAGAGAAAAUGUGGGCAGAUAUGUCACUUUGCUUGAUAAGGGAUUAAUAGCUUUUUCCUGCCAGGUAUGUGUUAUUUUUUUGUUCAUUAACUCUGUGCUAACUGGUAAACUCAAGUGGUGAUGGAUUUGGUCACGGCAGCGGUUGUGUACGAUAAAAUUAAACAAGAAGUCAGUAGGAACUGUGGGAGGUGGGAACAUGGUAGCUGUUCUUGUGUGCAGUGCUGACACUGAAAGCCCCCAAAUCUAAUUUCUGAAACUGGAACAAGCACUGGGUAAUGACAGGAGCUGAAAGGAACAGCUGGGAUAGAAUUGUUUUUAUUGCUGUUCCAAACUGAUUGAUCCCCACCACAUAAAGGUGUAAUAAACUGCCAAGACCUCUCAGGACUUUCAAGCCUGUAUCUUUCAGUACCAUCAGAAUGCCUCUGCUAUGGUACAUAAGAUUUGCUUUGAAGGUGGAACAAAAUGCUUUCAUGCUUUAGUAACUGUACUUAAAUUUAAACGUCUCAUAGUUACCUCCAGAAGCCGCUAGAGUUUUCAGUGUCCUUUUCUCUAACUUUCACAGAAAUACUUUUGGUAGGUUCUCAUACUGAAACACUGACCUGUAUUCCCCACAUAUUGUUGAUCUCAGACAGUCGCAGUCAGUACUGACUUGUCGUGUACAUAUUAUUUCAGCUGUCUGGAUAGAGUCUCAGACCUGGGACCUUCUGAAGCAUUAAUAUGUUAAGCCUUUCAUUCAAGGCCAAGAGGAAUAGAGAGCCAGUCUGCAGGCCAGCAGAACGCUCUUUCUGUAGUGGGUUCAGGAACACGUUGCUGGAGCUGUAAUCAUGGCUGUAGUGCCUUGAUCAGCCUUUCCACUGUCCUGGCCUCAGUGUUCCUUCAGCAGCACUGGGAUCUACCUAGCAGAUGCUUCUGUCAAACGCAUUAACUCCAGAGCUUUCCUGGAAGUGCCACUGCCUUCAUGCUCCAAAGAGCUGACUUCCUUGAAAGCCCAGGCAUUCUUCACCACACCUCUCAUUCCCUUAAAUCAUAAGACUACAAUUUUUACCCACUGCUCGAGGAGUUCUUCGUGGUCAGUGCCCCUUUUACCUGCCUGUCUUUUGUAUAGCUUUGGUCUUCUUCAGCUGGCUUCUGAAAUAACCCUUGAAAAAGCCUCCUGCCACAUCAUCUGCCAUCUCUUCCCUUUGUACGCUUCUUUCUGUUAAUUCCUCCUAAUAUUGCUGUAACACAAUCUGUGAAGCUGCAAGGGGAAUACAUCUGAAGGGCCUUAAAGUUAGCAGAAAGAAGGGAUUGUUGUACUCUUCAGGACCUGCAAGAGGAGAAAAGAGCAUCUCUGCUUCACUUCCCUCCUCCCCUUCUACCAUCUCCUUUCGCCCAGAUUCAGUACCUACAUGGAGCUCCGUAUUUCCCCAAACGUCCUACAAAUAGCUGCUGCCAAUCACUUUAAUGCAUUCCUCCCUCUCCAUCUUCUCAGGAUUGCUUCCCUCUGUUUGUAGUUUCCCUUGCUUGCAUCUUUCCUCUCUGAAGGGAUGGUUACUCAUUUCAUGCACGGAGCUUUUCAGCGUGAGAAAGUAAAAACUAAAAGGGAAAUUACCGUAUUCAGCAUCUAUUGCUAACAAGCUAAAGCCUGUGAGCUGCCCAAAGUAGUGGUUUCCACAUGGGUGUGUUGCAUGUGAGAGAUCUACUUGUUGAUGCAUACACUCAAGUUAACAUUGGAUCAUGAAUUCCAAUGGCACAUAAUGUGUUUUCUAUCCCAACUUCAUCUAUUCUCCGUAUUGAUUAGGUUGUGACAUAGGAGAACAGUGGCCAGUGUUUUUACCCAUGAAUAAUAUUUUCAGUUUCUGUCUUUUGUUUCUGUAUCACCUUCUUACUUUCAGGUUUGGUUGUGGGGUUCGGGUUUUGUUUUCUUUUGUUUUUCACAGGCUGAUAGAUGAUCUGAAAGGAACUAAAUAUCUUUUUAAAUGGAAAAAAAGAAAAAAAGAAAAAAAUCUAGUGAUU